AUAAUUAGGGAAGUGUUGGAGUUUGAAUGUAAGGAUAAGUACACAGAAAACUGAGGAAACAAGAUGUGUAUUAACUCCUGGGAUAAUGAAAAGUUUAGAAUGAAAGGAAAGGUAAUCAGAGCAUGAUAUACAUGUGAAUAGCAUGUAUGUGGUCAUAAGAAAGUAAAAACUAAAUAUUGAUUUAUAAAAAAAUUACAAAAUUAUGACAGCUAUAUUUAUAAGAGGCAAAAGGUGUAAAUGCGCGUGUAGGAGGGGGAGGGGGAGAUGAGCAGUUAAAAAAAAACUUCAUCUUUCAUCGAACAAGUCAAUAGAUAAUGACUUAAACUGAAAAAUCAAGAAGUAACAUCAUAUGUCUGUUGCUGGAAGUAAACACCAAAAGAAACACAUUAAAAAGUUGCCUCCAAAGACUGGUAAAUGGAAAAGGACAUGAGGGGUAAUGUUUGGCUCUUUAAACCACAUGCUAUGAUUUAAAAAUAAAAACAAACAAACAAAAUCCAGGGACUUUUCCCUGGUGGUGCAGUGGUUAAGAAUCCACCUGCCAAUCAGGGGACACAGGUUCAAUCCCUGGUCCAGGAAAAUCCCACAUGCCGCAGAGCAACUAACCCCGUGAGCCACAAUUACUGAAACCCACACACCUAGAGCCCGUGCUCCACAAGAGAAGCCAUGGCAGUGAGAAGCCCACAUACCACAGCAAAGAGUAGCCCCUGCUCUUCACAACUAGAAGAAGCCUGCACACAGCAACGAAGACCCAAUGCAGCCAAAAAAUAAUAAAGCUCUAAAAAAUUUUUUAAAUAAUCAAAUCAAAUAAUAAAGGCAUUUGCAAAGAGAAUUUCAUGAAAUUAGAUUGCAGUGGGUUGAAGAGUGAAUGAAAAUUGAGGCUGUUCUCAGCAAAGUGAGAAAUAUAAGGAAGAGGUUGUCAGGAUGGUGAGUAGAGUCACUUGAUGGAAAGAUAAGAUUGAAGGAAAAGCAGUAGUUUGCUUGAUUAUGGUUAUUUAGGUUGCUGACUAAUUGGUUAGUCAAUUCGUACAUGGCAGGGAUGAGUUGAGAGAAAAAAAACAGUUGAGAGUUUUCUGAAGUGAGAGGGAAUAAAUGAGGUGUCAAAGUCUCAGAUGAAGUGGUGGAUGUUGGAAUCAAACAGAUGAUAAAGGGUUAGCUUUGAAAAAGAAUAGGAACAUCUCUUUUAUAUGAUGAAGGAAAGAAUUGUUAAAAGAAUUAGCGACUUAAGCUGUAUUUUCUCACAGGCAACGGUGGCUAAGUCGUCUGCUGAGGGUCUGGGAUAUUUUUCAUGAUCUGAAUGGAAGCUGACCAGAGGGAAAAUGCGAAAUAAAUGCUGGGUAGCAAUUUGAGGAACCCAGCUGAGGGAGAAUUUCAAAAUACGAUUAAAUACAUUGAACAAGUGUGCCUCAAUGAAACUUGAUGUGAACUUCCAAAGGAAAAAGGGUGACGACUCCGAUGAGGAAGACCUCUGCAUCAGCAACAAAUGGACUUUCCAAAGAACCAGCCGCCGGUGGUCUCGCGUGGGCGACUUCCACGCACUGUUUCCUGGAGGAGACAGAAACGGGUCCUCGGGAGACAUUAGGAUGAGAAACACGACCAGCAGUGAAAGCGUCCUCACCGAUCUGAGCGAGCCCGAGGUCUGCUCCAUUCACAGCGAAAGCAGCGGCGGGAGCGACGGCCGCAGCCAGCCGGGCAGCCACGGCGCCGGCCGGGAGGCCUCGGACGGCCCCGGGCAGCCCUGCGCCGACGGCCCGGUCAUGCUGGACGCCGCGCUGGGCGGCAGCAGCCUCCCGCCGUCCCCCAGAGACGGUCUCCAGCACCCUUUGCACCCAAAGAAUGAGAAGCCCACCCGGGCCAGAGCCAAAUCAUUUCUGAAACGCAUGGAAACGCUGCGAGGGAAAGGAGCGCAGGGAAGGCAGAAGGGGUCGGGGCGGACCGGGGGCUUGGUGAUCAGCGGACCGGUGCUGCAGCAGGAGCCCGAGUCCUUCAAGGCCAUGCAGUGCAUCCAGAUUCCAAACGGAGACCUCCAGAGCUCACCCCCCGCCGCCUGCAAAACAGGGCUUCCAGGCUCCAGCAAAUGGAGCGGUGAGAGCAGCCCCUCGGAAAACAGCAGCAGCGGGGUGAGCACGCCUGGCCUGAAGGAGCGAAGGUGCCAGGAGGCCCACAAGCGCGGGGGCAUGUACUUAGAAGACCUGGACGUGCUGGCGGGGACAGCACUGCGGGACGCAGGGGACCAAAACCAUGCACACGCGUUUCAUUCCCAAGAGAACCUGGUGGUGCACAUUCCCAAGGACCACAAACCAGGAACGUUUCCCAAGGCGCUCUCUAUCGAAAGCCUCUCGCCAGCAGACAAUAGCAACGGGGUUAACUGGAGGACUGGGAGCAUCUCCCUGGGCCGGCAGCCGGGCCCUGGGGCCAGGGAGCCCAGGCUCGUGGGGUCCUGCCAGAGAGCAAGUCGAGUCAGCAUCUACGACAACGUCCCUGGCUCCCACCUGUACGCCAGCACCGGGGAUCUUUUGGACUUGGAGAAGGACGAUCUCUUCCCUCACUUAGAUGACAUUCUGCAUCAUGUCAACGGUCUCCAAGAGGUAGUGGAUGAUUGGUCCAAAAACAUGCUACCCGAACUUCAGACACAUAAUGCACUGGCCGGAGAAGCUGGCUUCUGUCCCUUCCCCUCUCCUAACCAGAUCACCUUAGAUUUUGAAGGCAAUUCUGUCUCCGAAGGUCGGACAACACCCAGUGAUAUGGAAAGAGAUGGAGCGUCUCUUAAUGAAUCAGAGGCCGCUGGCGUCAGAGAAAGGAGGGACUCUGGGGUAGGGGCCUCUCUGACCAGGCCAAACAGGCGACUCCGGUGGAAUAGCUUCCAGCUCUCGCACCAGCCGCAGCCGUCCACGGCAUCGCCCCACAUCAGCGGUCAGACGGCCGGCCAGCUGAACCUGCUCCAGCGCUUCUCACUGCUUCGCCUCACGGCCAUCAUGGAGAAGCACUCCAUGUCCAACAAACAUGGCUGGACGUGGGCAGUUCCAAAGUUCAUGAAGAGGAUGAAAGUUCCUGAUUACAGAGACAAGACAGUCUUUGGCGUCCCUCUCAUCGUCCAUGUCCAGAGAACGGGGCAGCCCCUGCCACAGAGUAUCCAGCAAGCUCUGAGGUAUCUACGCAGCAACUGCCUCGAUCAGGUGGGUCUUUUUCGAAAAUCGGGCGUGAAAUCUCGAAUCCAUGCCUUACGUCAAAUGAACGAGAACUUCCCUGAGAACGUCAGCUACGAGGACCAAUCUGCUUACGACGUGGCGGAUAUGGUGAAGCAGUUCUUCCGGGACCUUCCUGAGCCUCUUUUCACCAACAAGCUCAGCGAGACCUUCCUCCACAUCUAUCAGUGUGUCCCCAAGGAGCAGCGUCUGCAGGCGGCGCAGGCGGCAGUGCUGCUGCUGGCGGACGAGAGCAGGGAGGUGCUGCAGACGCUGCUGUGCUUCCUCAACGACGUGGUCCACGCGGUGGAAGAGAAUCAGAUGACGCCCAUGAACCUGGCUGUGUGUCUGGCCCCUUCCCUCUUCCAUCUGAAUUUAUUGAAGAAAGAAAGCUCCCCCAGAGUCAUCCAGAAGAAAUAUGCUACCGGGAAGCCGGAUCAAAAGGACCUCAGUGAGAAUCUGGCCGCAGCUCAAGGGCUGGCCCACAUGAUCAUGGAAUGUGACAGACUUUUUGAGGUCCCGCUCGAGAUGGUGACCCAGUCUCAUGACGCGUAUGUGGAGGCUGAAAUCCAUCCCCCAACCCUGGAAGAGCUGGGGGCCCAGCUGGAGGAGGGGGGGGGCCCUUUCCACACGUACCUGGAGCAGCUCAUCCAGGGCCUCCAGAAGGAAGCCAAGGAGAAGUUCAAAGGAUGGGUCACAUGUUCCAGCCCAGACAACACAGAUCUUGCUUUCAAAAAGGUGGGGGACGGGCAUCCGCUGAGGCUGUGGAAGGCGUCCGUGGAGGUGGAGGCGCCCCCUUCGGUGGUCUUGAACCGCGUGCUGAGGGAGCGCCACCUGUGGGAUGAGGAUUUUGUGCAGUGGAAGGUGGUGGAAACUCUGGACAAGCAGACAGAAAUCUACCAGUACGUGCUGAACAGUAUGGCGCCCCACCCUUCCAGAGACUUCGUGGUUCUCAGGACCUGGAAGACUGAUUUGCCCAAAGGAAUGUGUACCCUGGUGUCCCUCUCCGUGGAGCACGAGGAAGCCCAGCUCAUGGGCGGCGUGCGGGCCGUGGUGAUGGACUCUCAGUACCUAAUAGAGCCGUGUGGUUCGGGCAAGUCGAGGCUGACCCACAUCUGCAGGGUGGACCUGAGAGGUCACUCCCCAGAAUGGUACAAUAAAGGCUUUGGACAUCUGUGUGCGGCGGAAGUUGCCAGGAUUAGAAACUCUUUUCAGCCCCUCAUUGCCGAGGGUCCAGAAACUAAAAUCUGAGUUUUCCCCAGUGAGACAUCGAACUCAGGGAAGUGGAAGCGAAAGCAAACACGUGUGGGAGAGAGUGUGCUCUUGAGAAAGCAAGGGAGAGAGAGAGAGACGAAUGGACAAGGUUAAUGCUUAAAAACGGAAGCACUGAGAGGUCAGAAUGUUGAAGAUGCAAGAAUUUCUGAGAACUUUACUAGCCUUCCUGGAGAUGGCUACAUCCCUACUAAUAUAAUAUUUUUAAAAAUCAGAACAUUUAUCUAUGUUACUUAAAAUUAAAUGGAUUUCCCUUGUGCAUUGCCUAAUUUGCUAUUUAAAGGCUUCUAAGAAGCGUAUUCUUAACUGUAAAUAAAUGUAUGUAUAGCGUAUGUACAGAUGUGUGUAUAUCUCUAUCUUUACUGUAUAUAUGUAAAAUACAAUUUUAUAUAUACUUGCGUAUUUUGAAAAGGAACACGUCUGAGCCAGUGAGUCCCUUCCUCACAUGGUUCUUUCCAGGUGGCUCUGGGCACUGUGCCCCCUGCCCCCGCCCCCCGCCCCCGCGCUGUCCUGUAAGCUGAGCAGAAGCUGCUGCUAACACCAAAGUGUGAAAAUACGUAGUCUGCCCUGAUGCUUUACCAAAGAUUAGCCAGCCAAAGGAAAACACAUUAAAUGGUUGUUACAUGUGGUCAGUUUGUUUGUGUUAUUCAAAAACUGAGACUGGGGUGUUGGACAAAGAGAGGAAAAUAGUAUUUAGUCCUCUUUAAAGCAAAGAAGUGAGGGAGCAGCUGUUACCAAAUUUAAGGCUAGAUUGCCAGUUGCCAAGGGGCCAGCAGAUACAGUUUCGGUGAAAUGUCAGACGCCCAUGGACCACUGGAGUCAGCGCCCGCGACUGAAACAGAACCUGUAGUUCCCUGCUGAUUAGAGCAGAAUAUAAUAGCCUUUGCAUAUUCACAGCCAACGGGAGCCUCUGCGUUUUGUGGAAUUUUCAUAGAUACAUUUCAUAAUGUUCUUAAAAGUCAUUCUAUUUGACCAGUGGCCUAUUUGGUCACAGCUAAUUGGCAUUUUCUUACCAAUGUGUUGCACUGAAUUCAACUCUGGACACCAGAUAAAGGGAGAUGAGGGUCAUUCAAGAGUCCUGGACCAUUUCAGCUUCAGGGAAUUCUAAUAUCGUUCCAUAUGAUGUUCUUGAGAUAUAAUUCAUUAAAGGUUUGCAAUCUGAAAGACAGGGUUUUAAACUAACGUUAAGACCAAAACUGUGUUCUUCAAUUAGUUUUAGAAACUAUAGACAGGUUUGUUAAUUCCAUGUUUCUUCAUUAGUCCGUCAGGCUACCUAUGCAUUUGACCCAACCUUAUUUAUUAUUGUAUAGGCUAAGCAAAUUGACUAUCCUUAACCAAUUGCUAAUGGAUUUAAGUUGGUUUUUUAUUGUAAUUCAACAACUGUAGAGAGGAAGAUAAUUUAUUGUGUUUGGUUUCAGGGAGAGAUUGGUAUCAUAAUUUAGCAAUUGGUGUUGGAGAAAAAAAAACUUAGUUUUCCUUUCUUUUCUUUUUAUAUUGUAUGCGUUUAUGUAAUGUUUUCUCUUAUCAGCAAUGUGCAAUUCUUUUAUUGAGAGGAAUAAAAAUGGUAUAUAUGCAUUCUGUAUGGUACCAGUAAAAUCAUACCGUUUGAAUCGUGAUCUAGGAAUUUUUUGUUUCCUUGCCUACGGAAGAAGGGGGCGGCAAGUCCAUAAUCUUCCAUUUGGGCAAUGCUCUGUGAGCACACCAAAUUCACUUCUUCCACACAUCUGAAAUUUAACCACAUGUGCCAGGUCCCUUUAAUAUGCAUAGACAAGAUCAUUAGGGAAUCUUAAUGCUGGUCCUACUCCAGAGAUGGGAUCAUAUGUUUUCAGGAAACAUGACAGGCACACAAGGAUGGAUGGUGUCCUGUCACCUAGAGCAGGGCUUUUCCAGCCUGAGCAGCACACGGAUCACCUGGAGGUCUUGUCACAGUGAGCCUCUGAUUCAGGCAGUCUGAGAUGGGCCUGAGAUUCUGCAUUUUGAACCAGCCUCAGGGAUGCCCAGGCUGCUGGCCCAAAGACCACACCCUGAGAAGCCGGGACCUAGAGGAUACUUAGAAUAAGAGCAAACGUGAUGUGAUGUCUGACACCCCUUCUCUUCAAAUUACCUUUCUAAUUUUUAUGCACAUGCUAAUCACAUCACUGCUGCCUAACAACACAGUGCAUCUUAAAAACAAAAGAAAGAAAGACAAAAGGGGAGCAAAAUGCAGCCAGCUUGUUUGUCAAAUACCACAGUAUUGUACUUAUUGUUAUCUUGCCAGUGGAGAUAAAAUGAUGUUGCCUUUAAAUAUUAUAUUUAUACCUCAUGUAUAUCUUUACCUCAAUUGUUGUUAUCAGUCAUCAGUUGUAAAUAAAUAAUUGCCAAG